CUGUCGCGUUGUUUAUUCACAACCCAAUCGUGUGUGGUAGCGAGGGUUCAUUUUUACGAUACGACUAUUCUUUCAUUUGAAUAGUGAAAGUGUUUACCGUAUAGAGGUUUUUCUUUUUAAAUUUUAUCGUGUCCAGUUUUUCGUAAAUUUAUCGGUUUUAAAAUGUUUGUGUAAUUUUCCUUGUUGUGAAUCUGAUUACAUUCGACACCGACACAGCAGAAUUCAAAAUGACUUCGAAUUCGAGCGUAAUACGAGGGACGAUGGCGCCACCUGAGGAGCAGCUCCUCUUGAAGGAGAUGCACAUGAAAAACAGCAUAUCAAUCACUCCGUCCAAGCCAAACAAUAGAUAUGGGGAUAAAAAGUACGUCGAACCCGUACGGUUGACUCCUGCUUGGGAAGAAAAGAAUUUACCUAACGACGUGUUGAAUUUCAAAAGUGUAACCAUGGAACAAGCUGAGCUGGAAACUAAUCCCCCCAAAGAUAGAUUGUUGGUAGUUUAUUUAAUCAUUUUGACGUUCGGCAUUGGGACUAUGAUGCCAUGGAAUAUGUUUAUAAAUGCCAAGUUGUAUUUCGAAGAUUACAAAUUGGGUUCUAAUUACACGAAUAAUCAAAAUUUGACGUUUUAUAAGGACAACUUCAUGGUAUUUCUCGGAAUCUCAAGUCAAGUUCCUAACUUUUUGUUCAACUGGGUGAACGUUUUUGUUAAUCUUGGAGGCAGUCUUACUUCUAGAAUUGUGUAUACAAUCAUAGCAGAGGUGAUCAUCUUCAUUGCUACUGAAGUAUUGGUGAUGCUAGAUUCAUCAGCAUGGCCUGAAAUAUUCUUCUGGUUGACCAUGGCCUCAGUUUUCUUAUUGAAUAUGGCCAAUGGAAUUUAUCAAAAUACAGUUUACGGUAUCGCUGCUCGUUUACCUGCAGCGUACACAGGAGCUGUAAUUUUUGGAAAUAAUCUUAGCGGUGUGUUCACAUCUGUGAUGAAUAUAGUUACGAAGAUGUUAUCUCCGAGUCCUAAGACUUCUGCUUUGUAUUACUUCAUGGUUGCUUUAUUGGUGCUAUUCAUAUGUUUCGAUAUUUAUUUCGUCUUGCCAUUACUUAAAUUCUACAAAUUCCACGAUUUGCAGUUCAUCAAAGCUCAGUCCAACGCCAAAGAGUAUUCCGUUGUGAAGAAAACUCCGUACUGGAAAAUAUUUAAAAUGUGUUCGUUGCAGUGUUUCAAUGUAUUUUUCAUCUUCUUCGUCACGUUGGCUAUUUUCCCAGCUGUUCACUCGAAUGUUCAAUUGGUGCAUGAUGAUUUUAUCGUGCCAGCGAAGUACUUCUCCGAUAUCAUGUGUUUCUUGACUUUUAACGUAUUCGCUGCUUUUGGAAAUGUUCUAGCUACUGUUUGGCAUUUCCCUGGUCGAAGAUGGUUACACGUUCCGGUGAUCCUGCGCGCAGCUUUUAUCCCAUUAUUUUUAGUUUGCAAUUACACCCUACCCAAUCGUGUAAUGCCUAUUCUAAUUGAAAACGAAUGGAUUUAUUGGGGAAUUGCAGCAGCGUUUGCGCUGACUAGCGGAUGGUUCAGUUCGUUGGGUAUGAUGUAUUGCGGAAAGAGUGUGCCGCCUGAAUAUAGCAGUGUAGCGGGAAUGUUUGGAGCAGCUUGCUUAGUAUCCGGAGUUUGCAGCGGUAUUUUAUUCGCUUUCGUGUUUCCUAUCGUCGUUCGUAGUGUCAAAUGGUAGUAAGAAGACAUCUGUGAAUUUAUUUUUAGUCGUCUCUCAAAAGUCUGACUUAAUUUGUAAAUGCAUUUUGUAAUUUGUGUACGUACGUAAUAUUCGUCUGUAAUGGUGUUCAACUGAUCAGAGAACGUGAAAGAAUUUUUUUAAUUUUCACUCUCAGUGUAUCCACUGUUUUAAAAUGUACUUAUUACUCGAACUAACUCAGGUCUCGUAAGGUUUUUUUUUUCUAUUUAUCGGAUAUUUUAAUCCGUUACCAAUUUUUUGAAAUCAUCCGAGUCUACCUAUCUACUUUGAAACGAUCGCGCAUUGAUAUCAAUAACUUAUCGAACACUGGUUUCUUUUUUUGUUUACAUUUAUAUUCUAUGUCUUUAAUGCACUGAAGUUUUGCUGUGAUGGUGUAAACUUUCUAAGCUUUGGCUUUUGUUAUAUUUGUGAAUUUUGUACGUUAUAGUUAGCGAUUUUUCUCCUAUGCAGUAUUUUUAUUAUCUUGAUGGAUUCAAUUCGAUACUAGGGAACGAUUUCCCGUUAAUAACAUAUCGCAAAAUUUGUCAGGAGCGGGCGUCCAAGUUUUCAUUACGUAUUUCCUUUUUUAUUCCUUAGAGUGUCAACGCUACAUUUUUUUCAGAAAAUCUCUUUCUGCCACUUUUUAUUGGAAAUUUCGUACUGGUUUUCAUGGAAACGGAACUCCAGUUUAAGAAUAUUUAAAAAAAUUGAAUCAACUCGAAGUGGUUCCCAGGUAUCGAAGUGCAUGCAUUUGUAUGAACAGUAUGACGAAAUCGAGGUAUUCGUAAACAAUCGUAUUUUUACGGUCAAGACAAUAAAUGAGUUUCUUGUCGUGAUUUUAAGCACGAAUGACGAGCAGCGUAUUGUUGAGUUAGCUUAAAUUCUAACGUAAGUCUUCCUUAUUGUGUAACUUUGUUUUUAUAUAAAUACAACAUUUUUAUUAAA